AUGUGUACUGUGUAUGUACUGUAUGUAACGCUUCCUCGUCGUCUGGCCUCGUAUGUACCCGGCUGCACAUCGCCGGCCCUUUGUGCCCAUCGUGCGCGAACCAUGGUCGUGGAUACGAUGCAGCUUGCACCCGACUUCAGCAAUCAGGAGGCUGCGUUGGAUGCCACGCGCCGUGUGGCCGUUGAGUUCGGGACAGCAGAAGUUGGCAACUCGAGUUAG